AUGGGUGAUAACUGGAAGAAAACUCAAUUUCUUGGUGCAGGCUCGUAUGCGACCAUAUAUCUAGCAAGAAAGGUCGAUUCUCCUCUUUCCGAUUCCAUCCCCGUCGCCGUUAAAUCCGCCCCUUGUGAGGAUUCGACUUCAUUGCAGGAGGAGGGACGAAUUCUGUACGAACUGAGAGGUUGUAAGGAAAUUGUACAGUGUUUUGGGGAAGAUAUAAGUAAUGAAAACAAUGAAGAUGUCUACGGUCUUCUCCUUGAAUACGCAUCUGGUGGAUCCCUCACCAAUUUGAUCAAGAAAUAUAAAGGAAACAUGCCAGAAUCUCUAGUUGCAUGUUAUUCUUACAUGCUUCUCAAGGGCCUCUGUCACGUUCACGAAGAAGGGUUUGUUCAUUGUGACAUGAAACCUACCAAUAUCCUCGUAUUUCCCAGCCAAGAUGGUACUGACGUACACAAUGUCAAGAUAGCAGAUUUUGGUGCAGCCAAGAAAAUUGGAGAAGAGGAAAUCUUGACUCCUGGGAGUGAUAGUUAUCACCGAGGAACUCUACUCUAUGCGUCCCCAGAAUCAGUAGCAUCGGGGCUACACAUUCCAGCCACUGAUAUUUGGUCUCUUGGUUGCAUUAUCGUGGAGAUGAUCACGGGAAGAAGCCUUUGGACGGGUCGGAGAAAAGAUUUGAUUAAGAAGAUUUGCUUCCAUGAUAUAAAAAUACCCGAAAAAAUUUCUGGCAAUGCCCGACAUUUCUUGAAAAUGUGCUUGGCAAAGGAACACAAGAAGAGAUGGACGGCCAACAUGCUAUUGAAUCAUCCAUUUAUUGUCAAGAAUUUGGCAGCAUUGCCUCCCAAUUUUAACGAUCGAGUGAUGCUCUCUCUGACUAAUCCCUUUGGGAGAGAUACGUGGGUUUCUACUUACGACGUAUUUUCCACUCCAUCGGAUCCUGGGGAACCUGCCGAUUUAGGGCUUGUUUGGAAUAGCUUAAUAAGUUGUUAA